GGUGACGUCCAUAGUGGACCAGCCUUAUCUAGAAAACCAUGGGAAUCUUGAGUUCUGAUGUGGCCUUAUCCAAAAGUAUUAUGAGUGACAGCAAAUCCAUUUGAACAAAGAAGAUCCACACGCUAUAUAUAAGCUGCUCGAUCGCGGAAACCUCCUUCUCUGAUUUUCUCGAGCUCUAUUCAACAGAAUGGCGUCAAUGGCUGCUCUGCAGAAUUUCUAUGGGGCAACUAGUAAUCACUCAUUCUCUGGCUCCUAUGCACUGCCAAUGCGUGGAGGUUCGAAGAUUCAGUCAUGGCAUACGAACCAGAAGAAGAAAAAUAGAGCCUUGACUAUGGUUGCAGCAGUCGGAGAUGUGUCAGCUGAUGGCACCACCUACCUCAUUGCUGGUGCGGUUGCUGUUGCCUUGCUUGGAACUGCCUUUCCGAUCCUCUUCUCCCGCAAAGACCUGUGUCCUGAAUGUGACGGAGCAGGUUUUAUUCGGAAGUCGGGAGCAGCGUUGAGGGCAAAUGCAGCACGGAAGGACCAAGCCCAGAUUGUAUGUCCUAAUUGCAAUGGCCUUGGCAAGCUCAACCAAAUUGACAAGUGAAAUCCAAAUCAAUCUGUAACCUGAAUCUAAAUCCUGCUACUCUCUAUAUCUUAAGAGGAUUUUUUUUUAAAAAAAAUAUAUGCACUGGAAUAAUUGCUUCGUUGUAUUUGUAAUUACUGAAUGCCCUAAUGAUAUAUUCUCUUGCCUCUUCUUCU